AUGGCAUUACAAAAUACCACUACUUCUGCUUCUAUUAUACCAUCAUCAAUUAAAACUUGGCUAGAACCGAAUGACAUAUGGAUUCUUUCUCAAGAUCGCGUAAAAGUACCUGAAACAAAUUUAAUUCCAUCUAUCUGCUUCUAUAAUGGUACUUUUCUUCCAAUUCAUGCAGGUCAUAUUAGUGUCCUGGAAUAUGCAAAACAGUACAUUAAUAAUCUCGGUACACAUGAAUUGCUGGCUGCAUAUAUAUCUCCUUCACAUUCUGAAGCUGUCGCAAAGAAAUUAAGUCCAGAGGAAUUAAUUGGAGUCGGGCAUCGUUUAUCAAUGAUCUAUUUUGCAAUUGAAAAUCUCGAUUGGGUUAUGGUAGAUUUGUUUCAAAUAUUUCAACCAUGCAAAAUUUCAUUAACUAUUGCCAUGGAAGCAUUUAUUUCACGUGUUCGCUCGCAACUUCCUAAUGGAGCACAAAUGGAUGUGUUUUGGUUAAAAGGAGAAGACACGCUAUUUCAUACUAAAUUAUAUGAAAACUUGAUCCAAUUGGGGUUUCAUACAAUAUAUGUUCUGAAUCGAGAAUGCAGUGAGAAAAUAAUUAACAAAACUGAUGAAUUCAAGCCUAUUCAGGAUUAUCAUGAAAAACGCUGGCGAGAAAUACAAGCUAUAUCUUCUUUUCCCGAAAAAUUACAUCUAGUUCAAGCAACACGAUUGAAUAUUUCAUCUAGGACUAUUCGAGCCUGUGCACGCAAUACCUUUGCAACACGUGACCAACUUCACGCAUGUAUCCAACUUGACAAAAUCACCACCUACAUCAUACAACAUCAAUUAUGGAGCACAAAACCUACUAUAAUGUCAGCUCCCUCUGUCUUUCCUAAUGGAAUUACAGAUCUAACGCCUGAAAUUCUUUCAUCCAUGCUCUCCACAUAUUCGAUCUCGUCAGUGAAAGUAAAUUCCUUUAGAUUUGAACAGAUUGGUGUUGGAACAGGUUGGAACGGAUCUUUGUAUCGCCUUAACGAUAUUCAAUAUUCGCCUGAUAGUACGAGUUGUUUGCCAUCAUCUGUGAUAUUAAAACUGUCAACUGGUAUUUGGCUACAGCGUGUUGCCUCGAUUGAACCAGACUUUUAUUCAAAACUUGCACCACGUAUCUCUAAUAUCGAAAUUCCGAAAUGCUAUUAUGUCGCUCGUCAUCCUCACUCUCCAAAUGAGAGCAUGUUGCUUCUUGAAGACCUUUCUAUAGACUAUGAUCCGUUAGGUCCAAAGGAGUCGCUAAAAGAUUCCACGAUAUUUCUUCUUAUUGCCACAAUUGCAUCUUUACAUGCAGAAUUUUUCAAUCAUCCAUUGUUGCAACAAGAUACAUUCGCAUGGUUGCCUUCAUUGAAUUCAACACUUGUCCACUAUCAUAGUGAAUAUGCAUUAAAAAUGACCGAUAGAGAAUACACACAAUUGUUAGAAUCAAGAGUAUCACCCAAAGCAUAUGCUUAUGCCAAAGCACUUGUUACACAUAUUCCACAUAUUUUUCAAACACUUACCGAUGAACAUUAUACUUUAUCGCAUGGUGACUUUUGGAUUAAUAAUAUCUUUGUACGACAUAAUCAGUCACAUCGAAUUCGUUUUUAA